AUAUUAAGCUGAUGUUGUGAUAUACGUAUACCAAGACAGAGUAGAGGAAAGUGUCCGAGCUCCGGAGCUCGGUAUGGACAUGCCUGGUGCGAGUAAUCGAUUCCUCUGCGUUCUUAAGUAAUCGUACGGUCAACCAGGACACGUCAUGGAUCUCAUCACGCGAAGACUGCUGCCGCAACGAUUUUGUUUUUUUUCAUAGAUUUAUUUAUCAUUACCGUAGACUAAGAGGUUGAUCCUUGCUGUAGACACUAGUAUAACAAAGCGCGUUAAAGUCGUUUUCGAGUCGCGCUAUGAUUAAUCGUGGAACGAUUGAAAUCGGUUCGACGUUAUCGUCUCGAAGAUCAUCCGCAAUUUAUCAAGUUUCAGGUUUCUAUGCUGCGGCGCCACAGUUGGAUCUAAACUUCGUUUUACAAUCUUGCAAGGCGUUCGAGAGCGAUGCCAACAACAGGGAGGCUGGCAGCGAGGGGGAUUCCGGUGGAGCGUCCAUAUCGAGGUCCCUGCCGAAUUACUAUUCGCAGGACAGAGUGAGGAACGCCUACGCCAAGGGUUCGUUCGCCGAUUGCUUCAGGAAGCCGUUCGGUUGUCCCAAGUGCGGACGAUGUUUCACCGUCAAGGGCAACAUGACCAGGCACCUAAAAUACGAGUGCGGCCAAGCACCGAGAUUCCAGUGUCCUUAUUGCGAGUUCCGUAGCAAGCAAACGUCCAACGUGAUGUCUCACAUCAGAACCAGGCAUACCGGCCAGAGAGUGUACGUGGUGCAUCUCAAGUACGAGAAUUGAACUUGCAGCGCGCACCGGACCCCCGUGGCCCGGAAGCUUUCGCUUAAGAACGUUACUAGAGUCGAGAUUUAUCUCCGCAUUAUCUUUAAUCAUUCCUAAUGAACGAUGAUGGUGGCGUACGAAGGGUGUUUAACAAAAGUAUCCACAUUUUCUUAAACACCCAGCAAAAGUCGGGAACGAUAUUUAAGACAAUCGAUCGCUCACCGCGAUACGGUUAUCCGCCUUCGAGAGACUAGAUCUCUGUCCCUUCCAAGAUCUCUGUCGUCGUCCUCUCUCGGACUUCCGGAAACUGCUCGUGUGGCCCAACGGAAAUGGAACUGUGCCAUCGAGAGUAACACAUUGCGGUCGGUUACUGUUUUUGAUAAGAAAACUCCGAGGACCAAUAUUCGUUAAUUUUUAAGCAAACCCUGUCAACUCCACCUUUCGACUCCAGUUCCGAGUCAUUCGCAGAACCCAUAAAUGAACUUGAAUUCACCAAGGGUUAACCAACACUCACAAAGAGCUACUAUUAUUUUUUUCCCUAGCAAAAGUCCAUAAAAGAGUACAAAAGAAAUUUUAGUCGAAAGUACGUAGAAGAAUUCCACGUAUAAGUUCCUUCCUUUCCCGAAUUUCCCGAGAAGGUAAACGGGGAAUGCUCGAACAUUUUUCUGAUUUGCGAGAAAAGAUGUAGUAGCGUUAGAUCAGCUUAAUACUAGUCUCGAAAUAAAUUGUCAAGAUCGUAGGAAGGAAUCGCAAAGUGUUAACCGCGAUGCUGAUCGCACGGUGAAACGUAAGCCACGCGAGACUACGGACCCGACUCGAUUAAGCAAAUAAUUUCGUGUAUAUACGUACUUACAUACAUACAUGCAUAUACAUAUAUACAUAUAUAUAUAUAUAUAUUUUUCGUUGUUGACAAAUUUUUAAAAUGUUUUAUAAAAUUAGGAGAAGCGAUCAUUUUAUGAGAUGUGGGACAGGGCGAUGCUCAAGCGUGUCUCGAACCUCGGUUCGGGAGACCGGUUUAUUAGUUGUCUGUGCGUUACAAUUUUUCCGUGCUUCUAGGAAAGAUCAUUCCUCGUUGAAUGAACAAAACAAAAGGCGUGUUUUAAGUACAAGUCCAUUUAAAGUUCCAAUGAAUAUACGUACGGUUAAGGAGCACGAACGUUUACGAUUCCUAGGCGCCCUAGAUGAAGCUGUAUGUUUUCUAAAAAGAAGUAACGAUAUCGAUAAGAAAUUAAUUAUGGUAACGACACCUUCGAUGUUCGUAAUAGCGAAACGAAUAUAAAUGCACUUCCGUCUGUCGGGAUCGAACGAGUCGCGGUCGCGCGCGAGACGUGCUUGGAGAGAUUGUGCGAAAAGACGAGUGCAUGUUUGUUGGAUACGUUAAAAGUUGUUUCGAGUAAAUGUUACGUCCGUUGCGUUGCGUUGUGCGUUGCAUGGAAGAGGCGUGGUAAAUCGUUACCCUCGUACGGUACGUUUUCCAUUAUAAAGACUGAAGCGCUACCAACCGAAGUAAGAAGGCUAAUAUAUACGUGGUACAGGGUGAGGCGGUCGGGACAAACGUUAUGGAUUGAUUUUUUUUCUCUCUUUUUUUUUUUUUUUUUGGUAAACGUUACGUCGAUGGAGGACAUCACGAAGGAACUUCCUCAGCUGUGGAGAGACUGGACGUUAGACCGGUGAACAGGCACAGAUCUCUUAAACCGAAGACCAAGGUGUACGGCGGUGAAAUCGGUUCCGAUCGUAUCGAGCCGUUUCGAAAAACCAAAGGCGUCGUUGCUCUUCGUCUCGCGGCGAAGAUGUUGUUUUUCUUUUACUUUUUUUUUUUAAGUUUUUAUUCCUGUUGCUCUAAUUGCACCUAGACGUUUGACGUUAGUGGCCGACUGUUUUUGUUGCUGUGAUAUAAUUAACGAUGUAGUAGAAGAUAAGUACGUUUUUAAAUGUGCGCCUGAUUUAGAUCGGGCUAGAACCACGUUUACGAGACGGGAUGCGCCGUACGAACCGAAAAAUGUUGUUCUUUCUAAUCGUUUCGUUCGGGAUUACGGACCCACACGGAUAUAAGUGUUCGUGAAAUAACAUUUCGAUGUCUCAACAGUUACUAUUCCUCAUUUUCCACGAUGUUUUGUGAUCGUAUAUCGUCGCUGUGGAAUUGUAAGAUACAAAUAAAUCGAUGUUCAAAUACCUCAUGUACUCUACGUACGCUUGAUAACGGGUGUCUUGUUUUCGAAUAACUUUUCUCUCUCUCAUUUUUUUUCUUUUUUUUUUUUGGUGUAAAUUGCUCUCCCCUGUUUUUUUGUGAAGCUUUGACAAAGGGAACGGCGAUCUUCCGCUCUUACAGUUUUUUUUGUUUUCACCGAUCCCGACAAAGCUACGAAAAUCCCUGGCAGUUGGGCCGCGCUUCGUGUCUUACCUUGGCAACGAAUCUUCCCCAAGUUUCCUAAUCUCCCAAGGAUUACGUUCCUCGCUUCCUCUGUGCUUGUCCGCAGGGCGGUUUCCCUCCACCCCAGCGAUCCCCUUCUUCCAGGGCAACGACGUUACGGUUUAACGAUGAUUAACGAGGCGAACUGUGAGGUGUGAUUAGAAACGGUUGUUGGUGAGAGCCUUUCUAGGGAAGCUUGUUGGCGAAAUGGUUGGAACGGUGGUUCACGAGUCCGUGUUUGC